AUGUAUUUUUUAUGUGAAACGUUACUAAUAGAUGGCGAGCUGGGUCCUACGCGAGCGGUUACUACAGUAGUAUUGAUACACGCCGAAUUCGUGAUCGCAAAUUCAGCCGAUAUUGGACCAAUGCCGAAAUGGGAUUUCAGAGACAAGGCGCGCGUGCUGCUUGGCGAGGGCUGGGAGCGCGAGGGCCGGCGCGUGCGCAACUAUAUCGUGCAUCCUGAGUAUAGCGAGACUAUCAACAGUAUUGCCAUUGUACACCUGAGACAGCCCGUGCGAAACGUUAAAGUAAUAACGCCGAUAUGCCCUCCCCCUGAACGGCUUCGAAGGUCACACAUUUGGAUACUGAAGUUCGACGAAGAAUUAAGUUCACUGAGGAAGGAGGUGCUACCUGCAGUUACCGUGCCCGCUGACAAUUGCCGCGAAUUCUACAUAUUGAAAAAUUUGAACGAGGCUCGCCGGCGACCGUCGUACGUCAAAUGCGCGGUGGCGAUGAAGAAGCCCUGGCCUUGCGUGUGGGGCGCGGGCUCCGUGCUUGCUGAGCGCGACGUAUGGGGGCGCUGGAGGCUGCUGGGCUUGGGCGUGUACGGUCCCGGUUGCGGCGCGAUGUCCCGCUUCUUGGACAUGCAGCGCUAUUACCUCUGGAUCGAAGAUUGCCUGGACAAAUUCCAGCGUAUAACAAUCUCGCAAAUACACCAGCACAAAUAUGUAUUGCGCAGUGGUGUCGCUUUCGGGUCGGUAAUGCGUUUUGGCGAAUGCGACAAUUAUGAGAAACAAAAUGUCAUCUUCCGCAAUAGUUUCCAGCUGAUAACCGAUAACAACAACAUGGGGACUUACAAGCACAACGUGACGAUAUACGACUCCGUGCGGUACACGUGUGUGGUGUUUCAACUGAGACACGCGUCCGCGUCAGCUGAACUGCGUGUGCGCCACUUUUGUCCCCGUGGAGAUCGUAGAGUCUCUUGCUAUGCGUACAGAGGUACACGGUUUGACGUGGCGGUGGACGUAAUGUUCACGGCGGGGUGCUUUCUGGACAUCACUGCGUACGGACUCCAAAUAAACAUGUCGCUGGUGGACAUUGAAGAGUGGAAAUGGGAAGAGGGCACCUACUACGAAGAUUUCAGACUGAUGCCAUCGGAGUAUCGAGGCCCCGCGUUUCAGACGCAGUAUGGUUUAGAAUCGUUGGCCGAAGACCUGUGGGUUCCAGACUAUGACCGGUGGUCCACCACGCCCUACUCCAUCGAUAUACCUGAGACACGUCCAACUGCGGUGGCGGAUGACGAACAAUACCUACAGAGUUAUGAAUUUAAGGCGACAACUCCCACUACGCAGAAGCCUACUAAAAAAAUAUUAAAGUUUGAGAGGACGACGCCACCUCCACCACCAGAAUGGCGUAAGUUCUACAGUUUUAAGACUGGGUCGACCGUCCAGUCCAGUGACGCCUCAAUAGGGGACAACGAGGACCGGAUUAAAGCAGACAUUCUUGCGAGACAUCAUACUGACAAGAAUUUUAGCAAUUUCUGGAAGCAGACGAGUAGGAUGGGUCCUAGGUCGAGCCUUCCCGUGAAUGUGAUGGGUGAAAGUAAUCCGGAAAAGAUAGCGGAACUGUUCAAAGCCCAUUUCAAAGUCGAGUCGCCGCUGGGAUCGUCAAGGGAUCCGCCCAUGUCGGUGCAGCUUGGUUCUAGAACGCCUAUAAGGUUUGCAGCCGGUGAGGUGAAAGCAGCAGUGAAGGGCAUGACCCGCGGAAAGUCACCUGGACAUGAUUCCCUUAGCAUAGAACAUCUCCAGUACCGGGGAUCAUUUGCCUAG